GCAACUGCUCUGCCCAGCUGUUUCCUUCCAGUGCAUGCACAUCGUGCAGUCAGACGGGCGCACUGAGAGGUGCUGCCUGUGGGGAGGAGGGAGCAUGGCCCCGCAGUGGGCCCUUCUCCUGGUCCUAGAGACUCUGCUGGCAGCGCUGGAGACGGAACAACAUGCCCCCAACAACAGAGGAUAUUCCUGGUAUCCAGAGCAGUGCACCAAGCCGCAGAGGGACUACAGACUUCAGUGGGACUACAGACUUCAGUUUACACCAGACAGAGACAGUUAUGGGGUGAAUGAGGAACUGCAGCUGAGCUGCCCUGGACAUCUCAAGCCCUCCUUCAGCAGCAUCAAAUGUGCAAAGCAAUUCCAAGAAUCAAGUCCUAUCACACAAUACGUCUGGAUGGGGAGGAACAGCGCAGCUGCCUGGAUCCUCAUAGAAGGGGCCGUUCAGUGUGUUGAAACGUGCCAAAGGCCCCGCUGGGAUACAGAACUCCAUCUGGCACCAAACCUGGAGGAGUACAGCAAGAACGAAGAAGUGAUGCUGAGCUGCCCCGAGGGUUUACAGCCAUCCUACACCCGUGUCAGAUGUGGGGGGGGAAAUGGGGCUUUGGAUUAUGCUGGAUCUGUAUAUAGAGACACGUGGCUGGGGUGGAGCAGCUUUGGAACCUGGGUCCGCAUUGAGGAGACUGUGCAGUGCCUUGAACAGUGCAGCAAGCCGCAGUGGGACAACAGACUUCAGUUUACACCAGACAGAGACAGUUAUAGAGUGAAUGAGGAACUGCAGCUGAGCUGCCCUGGACAUCUCAAGCCCUCCUUCAGCAGCGUCAAAUGUGUAAAGCAAUUCCAAGAAUCAAGUCCUAUCACACAAUACGUCUGGAUGGGGAGGAAGGUCUCUGGUGCCUGGAUGCUCAUUGAUAAGAAUGUAUCAUGUAAAGGGAAAUGUCAGAAGCCGCAGUGGGAUUCCAGGAUUCAUUUUGUCCCAGACCAGGAAUUCUACAACUUCAAUAAAGCGGUGACACUGACAUGCCCUAAUGGGUACUGGCCUUCUGCCAUGGAGAUCACUUGUGUGAAGCCAAGACCACACCAAGGCCUCCCAGCUCCUCAGAGCAUCUGGUUUAUGAAGAACAGCACAGGCUUAUGGCCAUUGGCAGUGGGAUACAUGAGAUGUGUGGAGGUGCUAGAAGUUGUCCCUGCGACCCUGGAGGUUUCCAGCACCAGCAUCAAACUGAACUGGACCUGCAGAUUCCCUGAUGCCUGCCAGCACGUGCAGGCCACAUGCCGGCUGGCAGGGCCUUCCUCACCUCCUUGUGAGGCUGAGGAGGUCACUGGAGUGGAGCUCCUACACGGACAGAGGGGAACAUUCACCUGUCCUCCCCUGCAGCCCUUCACUGACUACACUGUCACCAUCUCAGUGCCCCCCAGCACAGUCCUGUUUUCAUGGAUGAUCAGGACAAAAGAAACAGUGCCGCAGAAGCCGGAGCAGCUGCAGCUGGAUGCCAGCACGGGGACCCUCAGGUGGAAGGCGCUGCCCUCCUGCCAAGGGGAGAUCGUUGGGUACCAGCUGAACGUCACGGCCAGGGCCUUGCAGGACGGCGGCUUCCUGCAGAUCGAGCGGCUGAGGCUGAGCAGCCAGACCACGGAGCACCCACUGCCCGCCUACGGCCCCGGCACCACAUAUGCGGUGGCCGUGCGGGGCCUCACAGCCGUGGGUCCCGGAGCUGCAUCACAGUUUCACACCAGCGGCUCAGAGACGCCCGAUGGCUGCUCCCGCCUCCUGCUCCAUACCUCUCCAUCUCAGGGCACAGCCGUGCUUCCCCUGCACCCCGUCUCCCAGCGCCCUGAGGCAGCGAGUGAGCACCAGCUGCUCGUGGCGGUGACACACAACAGCACGGGGCUGGAAGACGCCUGCUCGGGGGAGCUGCAGCCCUCCAACCACAGCCACCCUGCUGACCCCUACGUGGCCGCCGUGCUCAACCUCAGCGCGCCCACGGACUUCGUGCUGGGUGACGGGGCCCGCGGGCACGGCUUCCACAACGCUCCCCUGCACCCAGGAUGGGAUUACACCGCCCUGCUGCGCCUCGCCCGGCGCUCACCGCAGGCGGAGACGUUCACCUGCGUGUGCUACAGCUUCUCCAUGGGGCAGGAAUCAAUUCCUCUGCUGCACAGACUGCCUGUGCUGAUGGCAUUUGUGCUGGCCGCUGUAGUCUUGGCACUGGGGAUUUUCCUGCUCCCCCUGUUCGUCAGGUCAGUACACAUCUCUUCUCUCCCGCUCUUUGUUCUGUCCAGGGGCUGCCUGGUAUGGACCCUGAAAUUAAGCAGGACAUGUUGCCAUGUGGGCACCCCCCUCUGCUCUCCACCUCCUGCUGGUCUUUUGGCUAACUUGCUGUCUUGCAGGCAAAAGUGCAACAGAUCAGACACCUCUGAGAUCAACAGCAGUAUCCCCCUCCAGAAGCGUCGCAGAGGUGCCAGUAAUCUGAGCACACUGAUCCUUGUGGAGGAAUUGCUGGAUGCUCUGAAGAGGCUUCAAAGGGCAGAGAUAGAGGCAGAGCAGAUGGAGGAUGAAUCAGCUGACAGGCACGAUGCAGGGCGUCUGGGCGAGUACCAGAAACUGGCUUCCUCCCUCUGCCACUCCUGCAAUGCUGGGAAGGAACUGUGUAACGAGGGCAAGAACCGCUACAAGAGCAUCAUUCCGUACGAUCACUGCCGUGUGGUGCUGCAGCCCUCUGACACAGGGAAUGACUACAUCAAUGCCAGCUACGUGGAUAGCUACCGGAGCCCGCGCUUCUUCAUUGCUGCUCAAGGCCCUUUGCCUGGGACAGUGGUGGAUUUCUGGCAGAUGGUCUGGCAGGAGAAGACUUCAGUCAUUGUGAUGCUGACAGGCUUGGUGGAGCACAACAAGAUCAAGUGCGAGCAGUACUGGCCAGAGCAGCAGCAAGUAUAUGGGGACUUCACUGUAACACUCAACAACACCAGGACCACCAUGGGCAUUGUUAGACGUCUCUUCUGCCUGCAGAAGGCAGGAUACCCUCUCCCAAGAACAGUGGAGCAGUUUCACUACAUGCAGUGGCCAGACCAUGAGGUGCCCAGGAACCCUGCCCAGCUGCUGUGCCUAGUGGAAAUGGCGAACAAAAGUGAAUCAGAAUUUCCUGCAGGUCCUGUGCUGGUGCACUGCAGUGCAGGGAUUGGGCGAACAGGCACCUUCAUUGCCCUGGACUUCCUCCUGAAGAUGGCAAAGGCUGAGGGAAAGGUGGAUGUGUUCCACUGCGUGCAGAAGCUGCGGGAGCAGAGGAUAUGUAUGGUGCAGACCAAGGAGCAGUAUGCCUUUUUGUAUGAGGUACUGCUAGAAGGCUUGCUCUGUGGCUGUACUGGGGUGCCAGUGGAGACAGUUGCCAGUCACAUCAGCUGCCUCCAAGGAGCUGAGAUCCAGAUCCAGAACAACAUCCUGGAGAAAGAGUUCAAGGCAGUGCAGAAAUUUUCUGAGUUGUUCCAGCUCCUGCCGUGCAGAGAAGCGGAGAAACCCAGCAAUCAGCCCAAGAACCGCAAGCCAGGGAUCCUGCCAGCGGACUCCUUCCGGCCCAUCCUGAUGUCCUCGCUGAAUGCAGACGGUUCGCCGGGCUACAUCAACGCCGUGUUUGCCAAUACAUACAGCAAGGAGGACAGGCUGAUCAUCACCCAGCUGCCCUUCUCCAGCACACUGGUGGAUUUCUGGGCUCUGGUCUGGGAUUACACCUGCACCUCGGUGGUUGUGCUGAACCAGCUCCAGGAGCUGGACAAGACAUAUGUGGAGAUCUGGCCCACCCAGGGCAAAGCCAUCCAUGGCCAUUUUCACAUCCAGUGGAUCUCUGAGGAGGCUGGAGCUGGUUUCACAGUCUGGACACUUGCACUCACCAAUAGGCAGCAGCCCAAGAAAUCUGCAAUGAAAGUCCAUUUCUGGCAGCUGGAGGACUGGCCCAUGCAGUACCGUCUUCCCCCACAUCCCACCACCAUCAUCAGCCUGCUAGGGAAGGUGGAGACACACCAGCGGCAGAGCCAGGAUGGACACAUCCUCAUCACUUGCUGGGAUGGUGCCAGCCGGAGUGGGAUCUUCUGUGCUGCCAGCUUCCUGUGUGAGCAGAUCCAAAGUGAGGGGCUGGUUGAUGUAUCUCAGGCUGUGAGGAUGCUGAAGAGGCGGCGGAGGCAGCUGAUUAAAGAUGUGGAGCAGUAUGGGCUGUGCUAUAAACUAGCCCUCAGUUACUUGAAUUCAUUUGAAACCUAUGGCAAUUUCAAGUAAGAGACAUGGUCACAGCCCACCUCUGGCCAGGACUUCAACCUUCUUGUGGAAGCAAUGGAAACCAGAGGAGAUGUGCACAGCCCCAGGAUCACAAAAUCAUUAAAGCUGGAAAGACCACUGAAAUCACCUAGUCCAACCAUGCUUUACUCCUCCCAUAAGCCACCCUAAGGGCCAUCUGCAGCUAGACAACAACAGGCUGGACCGUCUCCAAAUUGUAGACAGAAUUUCAAACAUGAACAUGGCUCUUUGCCCAGAGUUUUGGCAGGACUUUACUUGGCACCACAACGUGAGUAUGCUAAGCAGAGGAUAGGCACCAGGCCUUGAUGUGUACAGGCCAAGGAUGCAAAGAACUAACUUUCCCAUCUAGUCUCCCCUUCAGACAUCCUCAGUGAAAGUGGGGUAGCUGCACUAAUGCCCCACUUGUGCUCCAUCAGGAGCACCAAACCACCGUGAGAUCUCCUGCAGGGCUGGAGCACAGGCCAUCUGUCCUGCUUUGGGGGAAGCAGCAAGCUUGUGCCCAAGAAGAGCCAGGGAAGGGAUAAUCCACAGCCCCACAGGGAUGACCUAUUCCUUCCCACACCACUCAGUCCAUUCCUGCUGCUGCAUCUUCCCGAUGCUGGUCCUCCAGGUGCCACAGCCCUGACAGUGCCAGAGAGGCUCCCUUACAAACCUGCCUGUCCCACCGUGGAAAUCCAAAUUGAAUGUCCAUACUUUGAACGUUGUCCAGGAGAGGCUGCUGCACCACACUGUAGAAUGUCUGUCAGGACUCACCCCAUAGCUCUAUCUGUGUAUCACCAAUAAAGGCUCUGUGAUGGCUUCAGUGGUGGUGGUGAGCUCUGAUCUCCACUUUUCUUCCAGGUUUGAUCUGACAUGGGGGCUACAAAGAAACACGGGCCCUCAGCUCUACCCACAGUGUUUGCACAGAACACAGUUCCACCCAAGAUGUGUGCUGGC